AUGGCUCAAGCUAAUGCUGGAAACCCAGAUAAGAUCAUGUGCCAUUGCAGGCACUGUUUAAAUGCAUGUUAUCAGCACUUUGAUAUCGUGUUUGCACAUGUGGUGAUGUUUGGAAUAGAACCAACAUACAAAACUUGGGUUUUUCAUGGAGAAAGUCCUAUGUCUCAACAAGAUGAAGGAGAUAGAGAUGAUGUGGAAAUGACAGAGGCGUGUAGGAUGUAUAGAAAUGUUUAUUUUAGUAGUGAUGAUGAUGGUGACAAUGACGAUGGUAAUGAUAUUAUAGAGCCUACAAAUGAAGGAAGAGAAACGGAAUUCAAAAUUUUUUUGGAAGAUACCAAAAGACAUCUAUAUCCUAGUUGCACAAAGUAUACUAGGAUUUCUGCCAUUAUUGCUUUAUACAAGCACAAAACUGCAUAUAAUCUAUCUGAUACAGGAUUUAGUGCACUCCUUAAAAUAGUGGAUGACAUGCUCCCAGAUGACAACACACUUCCCCUUAGUUUUUAUGAAACAAAAAAGUUACUCAAGACAUUUGAUUUGGGGUAUGAAAAGAUACAUGCCUAUCCCAAAAAUUUGAGGCUUGGCCUAUCUUCUGAUGGGUUCAAUCCAUUUGGGGAUCUUAGCUCUAGAUAUAGUUGUUGGCCAGUGAUGUAUAAUCUUCCUGAAUUGUCAUGCAUGUCUAAAGAGAAUAUGAUUCUCACAUUAUUAAUCCCAGGGCCAAAACAACAAGGGAAUGACAUUGAUGUAUACUUACAACCACUUAUAGAAGAUUUAAAAGAGUUAUGGGACAAAGGUGUGGAGGUUUAUGAUGCACACAGUAAGAUGAGGUUUAAUUUGAAGGCGGUUUUGAUGUGGACAAUGAAUGAUCUUCCAGCUUUUUCUAAUCUCUCUGGUUAUGGAACAAAGGGUAAAACAGCUUGUCCAACAUGUGAUGCUGACACAUGCUCUCAAUGGCUGAUUCAUUGUAAGAAACAUGUUUACUUGGGCCACCGACGAUUCCUUUCUUACAAUCACCCAUUUCGAAGGAAAAAACGUUGGUUGAAUGGAAAUGAAGAAAGAAGGGGGAAACCUAAAAUUUUGUCCGGAACAGACAUUCUUCGUGUAGUUAAGAAUAUUAAAAAGGAAUGGGGAAAAUAUAAAAAACAAGAUAAAAAGCGAAAGAAGUGUGAGAAAACUUCGGAUUGUCCUUGGAAGAAGAAAUUUAUUUUUUUCGAGUUACCAUAUUGGGAGGUAUUACUUUUGCGUCAUAAUUUAGAUGUGAUGCACAUUGAAAAAAAUGUGUGCGAGAGUAUUAUUGGAACGUUAUUGGAUAUGAAAGGAAAAUCAAAGGAUGGUCUCAAUUCACAUUUGGAUUUGCAAGAGAUGUGCAUUAGGGAUGAAUUGCAUCCAAUAAAGAGAGACAAUAAAUUUUACUUGCCAGCAGGACCUCACACGUUAUUAAAGAUGGAGAAACGGCGUUUCUGUGAAAGGUUACAACAGUUAAAAUUACCUGAUGGUUAUAGUUCUAAUAUUGGGAAAUGUGUCUUGAUAGAUGAAUGCAAGAUACUUGGCUUAAAGUCACAUGAUUAUCAUGUCUUAAUGCAACAAUUGUUACCAGUUGCAUUACGGGGUAGUCUACAGAAGGGUUCUAGGAAUGCAAUAUUUUGA